UAGCGACGCGGAGGGGCGUGUCCUCCCGCUCGCUCCAGACUGCGGCGGGUAAAAGCUGAUCGUUUCAGAAAUGGCGGAGGGGGAGUUGGACGUCGACUCGCUGAUUUCUCGGCUUUUAGAGGUGCGAGGAUGUCGACCCGGGAAGAUCGUCCAGAUGACGGAGGCCGAGGUGCGCGGCCUCUGCAUCAAGUCGCGGGAGAUCUUCCUCAGCCAGCCCAUCCUGCUGGAGCUGGAGGCCCCGCUGAAAAUCUGCGGUGAUAUCCACGGCCAGUACACAGACCUGCUGAGGCUCUUCGAGUACGGCGGGUUCCCUCCGGAGGCCAACUACCUGUUCCUGGGGGACUACGUGGACCGAGGGAAGCAGUCGCUGGAGACCAUCUGCCUGCUGCUGGCGUACAAGAUCAAAUACCCCGAGAACUUCUUCCUGCUCCGGGGCAACCACGAGUGCGCCUCCAUCAACCGCAUCUACGGCUUCUAUGACGAGUGUAAACGCAGGUUCAACAUCAAACUCUGGAAGACGUUCACCGACUGCUUCAACUGCCUCCCCAUUGCUGCCAUAGUUGACGAGAAGAUCUUCUGCUGUCACGGAGGUCUUUCUCCUGACCUACAGUCCAUGGAGCAGAUCAGACGCAUCAUGAGACCCACAGACGUUCCUGACACAGGUCUGCUGUGUGAUCUGCUGUGGUCCGACCCGGACAAGGACGUCCAGGGCUGGGGGGAGAACGACCGCGGCGUCUCCUUCACCUUCGGAGCCGACGUGGUCAGCAAGUUCCUCAACCGCCACGAUCUGGACCUGAUCUGCAGAGCCCACCAGGUGGUGGAGGACGGAUACGAGUUCUUCGCCAAGCGGCAGCUCGUCACUCUGUUCUCGGCUCCCAACUACUGCGGGGAGUUUGACAACGCCGGCGGCAUGAUGAGCGUGGACGAGACCCUGAUGUGUUCCUUCCAGAUCCUGAAGCCAUCUGAGAAGAAAGCCAAGUACCAAUACGGAGGGAUGAACUCCGGCCGCCCCAUCACCCCCCCACGCACAGCCCAACCUCCAAAGAAACGAUAGAGACGGGCAGAAAGGAGCAGACGAUUGUCAGAGAUCGUCUCCUACUGGUUUUCCACAACACAAAACGAGUAAAAGCAACACUUGGAGGAAGUACAACACAAACAUUUGAAGACAAACCAAACAAGUUGGGUUUUUUUGCCCCCCCCCACUCCAUUUAAUCUCUUGAACUGCAGUUCUUCUUCCUUCUCAUUGCCCCCACCCUCUCUCUGGAUCUGUAUAACAUUUUCCAAAAGAAAGAUGAGAAAACACAAGGGGUCAUAGCAUUUUUCCUCUUUUUUCCCUCCAUUUUUGGUACUUUUUGUCGGCAACAUCUAGUUUAGGUUAACACCCCCUCACCCCCCCUCCUGCUUGUACAGACAACAGGUAUUAAUGGCCAUCGCUGGGUUUUCAAUAAAUAAUACAGGUAAUUAACCUGUCUGGUUGUUCA